AUGGAGACUCCCGAUGCUGCGUUUGGUUUACUGCGACCCAUGUAUAUGGCCCAUACCUCUGGCACGGUCUUCCUUCUUCCUUCUCUCUCCCCUGCGGUUCACUUCGAUGGCAACAGGGAAUGCGGGGAAGAUGUCAAGGCAUCAGGGCCAAGCCCAGUCAUUGUCAGUACCGUUGCUGCUGACCAGCCUAAUCUGGGACGCCGCGAUUCGAAUACAGGAUGCCGUGGAUCUGUGACCUUCACUGGUCUUGACCCGAACUCCGUGGAUCAAAUUAUGGAGUCGGUUGACGAAUGA